GUGGAAUCAAGAGACGAGCUUUAAAUCCUGACUGUUUCUCCUCUGAGGAGCCUCCUCACAUCAUCUAUGAGAUCCGGAUGAGGAGACCUGUUCAGGAGAACAUCUACACUCUGGACUAGAACCUUUAAAUCCAGCUGAUCCACCUGGGAACAGGUGAAGCUGAGGAGAGGAGGAGCUUCACUCUGAACUGUUUUUAUACAAAUGUUGUUGUUUAUAGAGCUGUGUGUUUGUUGUGUUGUUAUAUUUUUACAGUAAUGUGUCAUUAAAAACAAAAUCCUGAACCAUGUGUUUACAUGAUUCAUACAACUUCUGUCAACAAUACAUACAA